AUGACUUUGAAACAUAUAUGUACAGGUGUUUGUGUAGUUGUUAUUAUAUUUUCGGUAGUCAAUAGUUCAAGAGAUAAGGAAGACAUUUCACCGGACAUCGCUCAAAUCCAAGACAAUGUAUCAGCCGUCAAAAGUUUGAUAAACAAAGUUAUUAAAAACUAUAAUAAGUUGGAUAAACUCGCUGCAUCAGAUGUAGAAUAUGAUGAUAACACUGAUUCUGAGAAGAAACAACACAUGGACGAGGGAAAUAAAGGCAGAAUAAUAUUUAGGGUCACAACUGAUAAUCACAUUCUGAUGUUAAACCGCAAGCCACCUUUAUUGUUUUCGUUUUCUGGUAAAUUAAAGAAAGGUGAAAUCAAAGAGAAAAAAACUAUAGAGAUAUCAAAAGAAAAUGAUAACUUUCGUAAUUUAGAAACAGAUUCCAAAGAUACAACGGAUACUCAAAUAAAAUUAAGAAAUGUUGAAGAUGACAACGAUCAUAAAGACGAACGCUCAUCAGAAUUCGAAGAUAAUCACUACAAAGAAAAUUAUAGUGGAGAACCAUAUUCUAAACAAAAAGUUUUAAUCGUACACGUUGGAAAAGGAAAAUCAAAUCAGCGUGAAAAUCCUACAUCAACUGCAAGGCAAAAAUAUCUUUCUUCAAAUAUACCUAAGAAAGAUUUUACAAAAAAGAUUACAAAAUCAGAAGAAGUGAUUCAAAAUUCUCACUCUGAAGAGGACAAGGCGAUGGAAAGUGAAAUUAAGAAAGCUAACUAUUUACGGCAGGCCUAUGCCGAUGCAUGCCAUCAAGUUGUAGUUCGGAAGUGUUUAAGGGCAUUACGGGCUGCGCUAAACGACGUAUGUUCAAGAAGCAGGAAAUGCACUUCAAAGUAUAAAGAAGACUUUAGAGAAUUCGGCCACGAGGGUUGCAACGAGCAGUUCGGUGAUCAAAAAUCUACCUGCAGAAUGGGUCUCGAUAUUGAUGAAGAUACAGAGUCUGAAAAACAAGAGAGAGCAAGACAUUUGGACUCUAAAAAGCAAGAGAGACAAGAGACAGUAGUAGAAGAGGUUAACUGGAAGAGAUCCAUCAAAGGGAAAAAGACACCUGAACACGCCGAAAUUCACGAAGUGAACAUCCUCCGAGACAGGUUCGAGAAAUUGUGCAAAAAGUCAUCUUACACGAAAUGCAGAGCGGCGUGCAAGCACGCUUCAGACAAAACUUGUGAGCAACACGAAUGUGUUAGCGCUAAGAAGAAGGCGUUGAAGAAAUCUUGCAAAACUCGGUGUCAAGAGACAUAUGCGUACAAAGGAGGGUCGGAUGAGAGUGAAGAUGAAGAUAGGGAUACGGAUUCGGAUGAGUCCGAAUAG